AUGAUUCUUGACCAACAUGCAGUGGUUAUAGACAACGGUUCUGGAGUAAUUAAGAUUGGAUUUGCGGGAGAAGACAAACCACGAUAUGUGUACUCAAACAUGGUAGGAAGACCUAAAUACUUACCUAUCAUUGUUGGAGCUGGACAAAGGGAUUACUAUAUUGGAGAAGAAGCACAAGAAAGAAGGGGUAUCCUCUCAUUAAGCUACCCAGUGGAGCAUGGUGUGGUGACUUCAUGGGAUGACAUGGAGCUCAUAUGGAGCUAUGGAUAUAAUUAUAAUUUAAAGAUAAACCCAUGUGAUAGACCACUUCUCGUUUCUGAGGUACCUCUUAACCCACGUUUUAACAGAGAAAAAAUGAUGACUGUCUUAUUUGAGGGAUUUAGUGUUCCUGCAACAUAUGUUUCAAUCCAAGCAGUUUUAGCUCUUUACUCCUCAGGAAAAGUAACUGGUUGUGUGGUGGACAUAGGUGAAGGUGUGACGCACACAGUCCCUAUCUUUGAAGGAUACUGUCUUCAACAUGCUGUGCUAAGGCUCGACCUAGCAGGAAAAGACCUGACAAACUAUCUGAUGAGAAUACUAAAUGAAAGUGGUGUUUCCUUUAUUACUACAUCAGAAAGAGAAAUUGUCAACGAUAUGAAAGAAAGGCUAUGUUAUGUCGCUUUUGAUAUAGCAUGUGAGAGCAUGAGACCAAAAGCAGAUUUGGAAAAAGAAUACAAACUUCCCGAUGGAAAGAUUAUCACCAUCCACAAAGAGAGGUAUAAAUGUCCAGAAACACUGUUUCAUCCUGCAAGAAUAGGAAUGGAGUCACCAGGCAUUGAUAGAAUGUGUUUUAAUAGCAUAAUGAAGUGUGACAUCGAUAUUCGGAGCACCCUUUGCAGCAAUGUGCUACUGUCUGGAGGGUCCAGCAUGUUCCAAGGCAUUGGUGACCGUAUGAGCAAGGAACUGGCCAGCUUGAUUCCACCAGAAAGCCCACUGAAUGUUAUGACUUCAACUGAUCCCUUGUUGGCAGUAUGGAUGGGAGGAUCAAUAUUGUCUUCCCUGUCUGCCUUUCAGCACAUGUGGGUCACACGGGCAGAAUACUUGGAAGUAGGACCAAACAUCGUUCACAGAAAAUGCUUCUAG